UCCACCAAAAAAAAAAAAGCAACAAUGAAUCAACAGAUCGAUGUUUCUCCAUUUUUUCUAUGCCCUAUUUCACUUCAACUCAUGAAUGAUCCUGUUACUGUCUCAACAGGAAUAACCUACGACAGACAAUCCAUCGAAAAAUGGCUCUUUUCGUCCAAAAACAAUACAUGUCCUGUCACAAAACAACAACUCUUACAUGAUCAUCAAAAUCACAUUAUUCUCACACCGAACCACACUCUUCGUAGACUCAUCCAAGCAUGGUGCACCAUUAACUCUUCCUAUGGCAUCCAAAGGAUUCCAACUCCAAAACCUCCAACAACAAAAACCCUCAUAGAAAAACAACUCAAAGAAGCUUCUGAUUCUUCAGAUUCCCCUCACUUGCUUAUUCAAUCUCUUAGAAAGCUCAAAACAAUAGCUUCCGAGAGCGAAACGAAUCGACGGUGUAUUGAAUCUGCCGGUGCUGUAGAGUUCUUAGCAUCAAUAGUAACAAAAAACAACACAAGCUGUUCAUCUUCAUGUUCAACAGCAGAAUUAUCCGAAACCACCAUUCUUGAUGAUGAUGAUAUGGAAGGAUUUGCGUUAGACUUUAAUAUUGGUGCAGAUGAUGAAGCUAUAAACAUCCUUUACAAUCUUCAUUUAACAGAACAAGGUUUGAAAACUCUCUUAAACUUCAAAAAUGGAGAAUUUUUAGACUCUUUAAUGAGAUUACUGCAAAAGGCUAACUACGACUCAAGAACAUACACAGUUUUUCUGUUGAAAUCUAUGUCAAAGGUUGCUGAUCCAUCAAAACUAGCCAAUCUAAAGUCCGAGUUUUUCGUGGAAUUAGUUCAGCUUCUCAAAGAUCAGAUAUCAAAAAAGGCAUCAAAAGCAACACUACAAACAUUGAUUCAGCUUGUUGAAUUUGGAAGAAAUAGAAUGAGAGCAGUGGAAUCCGGCUGUGUUCAUGUUUUGAUAGAACUUCUUCUUGAUUGCAAAGAAAGAAAACCACGUGAGAUGAUUUUGGUGCUCUUGGAGAUGUUAUGUCAAAGUGCUGAUGGAAGAUAUGAACUUUUAAGCCAUGGAUGUGGUUUAGCUAUUGUUUCAAAGAAGAUUUUGAGGAUUUCAACAAUGGCUAAUGAUAGAGCAGUGAGGAUUCUUCUAUCUGUUGCAAGAUUCUCUGCAACACAUAUAGUUGUUCAAGAAAUGCUGCAAAUAGGUGUUGUUGCAAAGCUUUGUUUGGUUCUUCAAGUUGAUAGUGGAAAUAAGGCUAAGGAGAAAGCAAGAGAGAUUCUUAAAUUGCAUGCAAACUCUUGGAGGAAGUCUCAUUGUGUACCUACUAAUUUACUUGCUUCUUAUCCAUCAUCAAGUGCUUGAAAAAUUAGAGGGUCUUUUUUUGCAUUUUAUUUAGUUUUGAUCUUUUUACUCCUUCAUUGGGAAUUUUUUGUUUUAAAGAAUAUAGAGGUUAGAUGGAACAAGGGAUAGGUGUGGACUUAAAAUAAUAUUGUCCAUGAAGAAUGGGUCGGAAACAAAUUAAAUUAGGAUCAAUUGUUUAUAUUGUGCAUGACUACGUCACAUAUUCAUACAACAGAUGUUAAAAUAUAAUUCAUUCUAUCAUCAAAUAGUUCUUCUUCAAGCAUUUGUUCUUUCUUCAAACAUUUGUUUAGAUUAGGUGUCUUCCUAUGGUAGAUCUAUGUUGGUUCUCGAGGUCCUAGAACAUUCUUUUGGCACACAUCUAUAGGACCAAUACUAUGUCUUUUGACGUUGAUAUGAUGUCAUUAAGGUAUACUACUACGAGCUCCUCUUGAUUUUUCGGGCUUCCGACGGAUCUUCUUAUGUCGUGACUUCGGUUGAGAACUUAGGAAUAAUUUUUCCUCAAGCCCGGUCUAACGUAUUCGGGGUGAGACUUGCCAUCUUAUAUCGUUUUCACCUAAAACGUAGGUGCCUUUUGAUAGAAGAGUAUAUUAAUAUUAAUAAUAUUAGUUAUUAGUGUUGUUGUUGAAUUCUAGUUGUACUUGGGCUUUUAAUAGUUGUUGGGCAUUUAGGUCUAUUAUCCAUUAAGGGUAUUAUAUA